GAAAGUGGCAGGGGACUAUUAUGAAAGACUUCAAUAUGGGAUUCUUGGCAUAGAACUAGUGUUCCGGGACAGCUUACUGGUGAUGCGUAAAAAAUUAAUCGCCGGCGGUGUGAACGGAAGCCUCGUGUCAAACACAAACUCAUUCCAUUACGUUGCCACAUUGGAUCGUUAGGACAUGCAUGAGGAAACCUGCACGAGCCAAUCAAAUUCGCCAACCCAGAACGGGUAGUGCAAACGAUUAACGCAUCGCAACGUCUUCCAUUUAAAGCAAAGUAGCAAUUUCUUGAUUGUGUUGCCCAAGGAAUCAGGGAUUUUAGGUUUUCCUGAAAGAAAGGCAACAUGGACAAGCGAAUCUUUCUUUUCCUUAUUGUGUUGGUAGCCUUCACUGUUGAAGCUAAAAAGAAAAUCCUGAAGAAGAAGCUGAAUCAGCUUAAAGGAGCUAAGAAAUGUGGAUAUGGAUGCCCAUCAAGCUGCCCUUGUCAACCAACCUGUUGCCCGCCACCACCACCACCACCACCUCCCCCACCAAUAUGCUGUCCUCCUCCCCCACCACCCCCACCCCCACCAAUAGCAACCAGUAGCCAACAAACUCUUUACCAUCAUCACUUUCACCCAGGACCACCGCCUCCUCCUCCUCCUCCACCUGCUCCUUGCCCACCACCAUGCCACUUUGGCCACACUGUGCACCACCACGUCUACCACGCAAGCCCACCAGGUCCCCCUCCGGCACCCAUGCCUUCCCCUCCUCCCUUCUCUACUGAAUCACACGCCCAUGUGUUCGUCCACCACACCCAUCCCGGACCACCACCACCCCCACCUCCACCUCCUGCCCCAUGCCCACCCCCAUGCCACACUGUGCAGACAGUUCACGUACAGCAACACCACUUUCCACCUCCCCCUUGUCCACCACCAUGCCCUCCUCCCCCUCCUCCCUGCCCUCCCCCGUGCCCUCCUCCCUGCCCUCCCCCAUGCCCUCCAACUUGCGCUCCCCCCUGCAGUGCCUGCUGCAAGAAGGCCAAGGUAGGGAAGGAUGAGGCAAAGAAGGAAAAGAAGAAUGAUGAAGAAAAGGACGACAAAGAGUAGAUACGAAGACUGAACGACGACUGCUUAUUCAACGUUGUGACGACAAUGUUUCAAGACGGGUUGCGGAUGAACGCCCGGUGUUCAAGUUAACGAAUGCUGGGGCAAUGUAACUGUGUUGAAAACAUGUUUUUAAGCUUUAGUUAGAAAACUAACUGUUGUCAGUUGCAAAAGAGUUCGAAUUCAGGAUAAAUGUCUUUGUAAAUAAGGAUUACUCCACUGCGAUGAAAUGGAACUUGACUUCAAGUAUCAGAUGGGAUUCGAGCUCUUGUGAUCGUUUUGUUUUCAGAUCGGCUGUAAAACGUACAGCUUAGUAUUAUAUACAACUGAUGUUAUGUUGUCAAUUAAAUUGUGCUCAAACAUA